AUGAGAGAUUAUAAAAUACUCUUUUUCUUUUUUCUUCAUUCUUUCUUUCCUUUCUUUCUUUGUCUCUUUCUCAUUCCCUCUUUUUUCUCUCUCUCUUCUUUCUCACUCUAUCAUUCUCUCUCUCUCUCUCUCUUUCCUUCUCUCUGUAUCUCUCUCUCUCUCACUCCCUCUCUUCAACUUUUCAGACAACAUUCCUUUAGGAUUCACCUACUCCCUUUUCCCCACCACCACUGCCGGAUGUGCCCCCACCUCCUGCCUUGUGCUGGGUGGGGAGUUUAUUUAAUUGUUUCUUUUCUUUUUCUUUUCAGCCCAAAUUCUUUGUUGUCUGAAAUCAUAGAUGAAGAAUGUGAAGAGAAACCAUUAUCUGUGGCAGAGAGAAUCUCACAAAUGGAGACAAAAAUCAGUGUGUCAACAUCUGGGUGUACCACGCCAAAGACGCCUAGAUCAAGGCUUGGAUCUGUUCCCAGAAUGCCUCCAGAAAAUGAGAAUAAGAAAUGCAUUCUACCUCAGGAGGAACUUUUCAUUAAACUCACCGACCUGGCCCGCAGCAAAGAGGCUACACAAGAGCGUCAAAAGCGAUACCAACGUAGUCGUGAUGACUGGCGGAUUAGAACACAACCCGUCACUUUGAAGGAAUUGGAACAAGCAGAUAGUUUGGAAAGUGUGAGUAGUUUUCGAGCUUUGGUAAUGAAGAGAUCUUCAAUCAACAUCUUUGAGAAGUUGAAAGAACAAGACAAAUCUAGAAGGUGUCCUGGUCACAAGUCCGAGUACCCACAACCCUAUGUGCCAGAAAAACGCAAUCGUAAAAACCGUCAACGGUACAAGACAUUGCCAGUCACUGCAGCUGAAUUGAUGGCCAUUCCUGAAGGAGAAACCAUCAGCCUUGAGUUGCUAAAAUCCAAAAUGCAAGCAAUGAAAGAAUCAAAAACUGAUUCUGGGAUCGUGUCCUCUGGCUCGGACAUUGAGAAAGACUCUCAAGGCUCGGACAGCGUCCGCAGCCUGACCACAGAUGCAGACAACGAAGAUGAAGAUUACACUCAGUUGAGUGUUGCUGCUAGAGCCAGCCUCUUCCGUCAGAUGGAGGAAAAAUCCAAAAAGUCAGCUAGUGGCGCAAAGAGGUACAUCGACCGGAAGAAGCGAGAACGUAGUAGGACCCAGCCAAUUACAGAAGAGGAGGUAAAGACAGCCGCUGAAAUUGCUGAAGAAGAAGCGACAUCAAGAAAACAGUCGUUGACUGUUAGCAACGAGGAGAAGGAUGAGCACAAGGCUGUUCUUGAAAAACAAUCGUUUGUUGCAGAUGAGCCACAAACGUCACAUGAAGAAGAGACAAAAGAACCUGGACCACAGUCCGCCUCCUCCCUUGUGCUCCUUGCUUUUCUCCUCCUUCUGUGCUUUGCUACCCCUACCUUAUCUUGCACUUUUAUAAUUCUCCCACUCCCUUGUUCUUCUUGUUUAUCUCCCUCUAACUUCUCCACGUUGCUUUUCUCCCUCUACCUUGUCCUCAUUGCUUUUUCCUGCCUACAUUGUCCUUCCUUCCUUUUCUCUCCUUACCUUGUCCCCGUUGUUUUCUCCCCUUACCUUGUCCCUGUUGUUUUCUCCCCUUACCUUGUCCCCGUUGUUUUUCUCCCCUUACCUUGUCUCCGUUGUUUUUCUCCCCUUACCUUGUCUCCGUUGUUUUUCUCCCCUUACCUUGUCUCCGUUGUUUUUUCUCCCCUUACCUUGUCUCCGUUGUUUUUCUCCCUUACCUUGUCUCCGUUGUUUUUCUCCCCUUACCUUGUCUCCGUUGUUUUUCUCCCCUUACCUUGUCUCCGUUGUUUUUCUCCCCUUACCUUGUCUCCGUUGUUUUUCUCCCCUUACCUUGUCUCCGUUGUUUUUCUCCCCUUACCUUGUCUCCGUUGUUUUUCUCCCCUUACCUUGUCUCCGUUGUUUUUCUCCCCUUACCUUGUCCUCGUUGUUUUUCUCCCUCUACCUUGUCCUCAUUGCUUUUUCCUGCCUACAUUGUCCUUCCUUCCUUUUCUCCCCUACCUUGUCCUUCCUUCCUUUUCUCCCCUUACCUUGUCUCCGUUGCUUUUCUCCCCUUACCUUGUCCCCGUUGCUUUUCUCCCCUUACCUUGUCCCCGUUGCUUUUCUCCCCUUACCUUGUCCCCGUUGCUUUUAUCCCCUUACCUUGUCCCAAUUGUUUUUCUCCCCUUACCUUGUCCCCGUUGUUUCUCCCCUUACCUUGUCCCCGUUGCUUUUCUCCUUACCUUGUCCCGUUGCUUUUCUCCCCCUUACCUUGUCCCGUUGUUUUCUCCCUUACCUUGUCCCGUUGUUUUCUCCCCUUACCUUGUCCCCGUUGUUUUUCUCCCCUUACCUUGUCCUCGUUGUUUUUCUCCCCUUACCUUGUCCCUGUUGUUUUUCUUCCCCUUACCUUGUCCUUGUUGCUUUUCUCCCCUUACAUUGUCCUGUCCUUCUCUCUUUUCUUCCCCUACCUUGUCUUGUCCUUCUCUCUUUUCUCUUCUUACCUUGUCAUCUCCCUCUUCUGCAGGACUGAUGUUGAAUUAA